ACACUCCUCACUUCUCCAGCCAGCUUCUGUCUCUUAUAAACACUAGCCCCACCACAUUCAUCAUCCACUUCACUCCCACCCAACAGCUAUCGCACUAUCCCACUGCAGACGUCCUCCCAUGAACCCUUUCUCUUCUCAUUCCCAUCCCGACUCCUGCUGCUUCGACUUUGCCGAGCCGCCAUCUGACGGAAGGAGUGCCACGGCACUUGGGAACUUCUCCGACAAGGAGGUACUCCUCGCUUCCCACCACCCGAAGAAGCGCGCUGGAAGGAAGAAGUUCCGGGAGACCCGCCACCCUGUGUACCGGGGGGUGCGGCUGCGUGACUCUGGCAAGUGGGUCUGCGAGGUCCGCGAGCCCAGAAAGAAGUCGAGGAUCUGGCUCGGCACCUUCCCUACUGUGGAGAUGGCAGCGAGGGCGCACGACGUGGCGGCGCUCGCGCUGAGGGGCCGGUCUGCCUGCCUCAACUUCGCAGACUCCGCAUGGCGGCUGCCCGUGCCGGCGUCAGCGGACACCAAGGAAAUACAGAAGGCAGCGGCCAGGGCUGCGGAGGCAUUCCAGCCGGUGGAAUCCGAGGACGUGAUGUCGGGGGACGAGAAGAAGUUGCGUUCGGAAGAGGGAGUGUUGUACGACGAGGAGGACAUCUUCGGGACGCCGGGCUUGCUCGCCGAUAUGGCGGAGGGAUGCUCUUGUCUCCACCAAAAUGGGGCGGAGAUAUAUAUGGUGGAGAGGACGAGGGAAAUUUGGACGCAUACACGUCAUUAUGGAGCUAUUCCAUCUGACCAUUUCUCAAUAUCACUUGUAGUUUUUGCUGUUAGGGACGACUUUAACGCCGUAUUUAGAAGUUUCUUAAUAGAGUGCAAAUGAAAGGUAAAUGGUACGAAGCCAUUUUUUUGGUGUGCCAUUCAACAAAAAGCAUAUCGAUGAUGAUGUUGGUCCACCGAU